AUGAGGACAACGAUCACUUUGCUAUUACUUCAAACAUUAUCAUCGAAUCAUCGCAGUUCAGCAGAAUGGAUAGACAUGCCCGAAUUUUCGGACGAUAAAAAAAUAUACAGAACGGCCAACGCGAAAGAAGAUCACUUUUAUAAAUUCGCCGAGAAGAACACGGCGGACGCAUUCAUGCACGCGCGCGACGAAACUCGAACGACAGCGGAACAUCCGAACGACGACGGACGAAAGAACAGUAUCUGGUUGGAACCGAACAAAACCACCACCGUCACCAUCAACAACGCCACCACCACCACCACCACCACGGAAAGUAGUCGCCGCAAAAUCGAAACAACGAUUCCUUCGACGAUCGAGAACGCGCCAGAGAACGAACAAUGCAUCGACCAGCCGUCCUCCUUCACCUCGAACGACACAGAUCUCUUCAAACAUCUGCCAGUGGAGCUUCUGAAGAGCGUUCACCGUACUUUAAUGGAAUCGCACAAGUCCACAUCGAGCAGAGGAAAAAUCGAAUUUUUAAAAACAUUCGAGAACACGUUGAUCGGUGAAAUAGAAUCUCGGAUCACGAAGGUGACGACGAUCGUUCGGCAAAAGAGAGGUGCCGCCGAACACCACGGUUACGAUCACGGUCACGAUCACGAAAACGCGACAGGAUUUCCUUCCACAGAAGGUGCUCUCAUGGCCAUCUCGUUCCUAACGUUCGCCGUGUAUCUCGUCAGACUAGUGAUGCUUCUGUUCAGAAACAUGAACAACCCUACGCCAGCCACCACCACGGGCGGUACGUUCCUCAUAGGCAGAAGGAAGAGAUCGAGCACGAGUAAAUUCGACGACGACGACGCGACGACGUUUCUUCGAGGUCUACACAGUAGUCUCUCAUCGACAACCACUACCACCAGAUGGCCGUAA